UUUGUUAACUGAGUAUGGUAUUUGUAAAUUACACAGCAUCAACAGAAAAUACCCUCUUUUGUCAGAUUCAUUGGUCUGACAUUUUGCCUUUUUGUGGUUGUAAGCAUUUUCCAAAAAUGAUCAGUUUUGUAUUUCUCUUGUGACCUCUCUAAAUUUCAUAUUACAUUGGCCUUUAAAAUUGCCAUAUACCAUUAGAGAUGGCUCUCUCUGUCCCUUGAAGUAAAACCAAUGAGUGUUUAGAUUAAUUUUAAUCUCAUCAGGUGUGUCUAAUUUCUCAAAAAGAGGUUAAAUUGGGGUCACUAUGACUUCAAGUCCUGUCUGCUUAUUUCUGUCUCGUGGUUGAAAUUGAAAUUGCAAAUUCUAUAGACUCUGAUAAAUAUUUUCAUAAACUUCAAAAUGGAACACAACAACUCCAACUGCCAAUUUUCAGGUGUGUGUCACAACUGUAAGCAACAAAUAAAUGGCUGUGAAUCAGCUUGUCAUGCUAUGGAAAAUCUAUACCAUGUUCAUUGUUUCCUUUGUUGCUCUUGUGGAAACCAGUUGAUUGGUCAAAUAUUUUACAAUGUUAAUGGGAAGAUUUACUGUGAACAGGAUUAUAAGAAUCUUGGUUUUUGUCCUAACUACUGUGAUAUUUGUGGAAAAAUUAUUAAGCUAAAGAUCAUCCAAGCACUGGGUAGGUCAUAUCACCCAUCAUGCUUCAGAUGUUCUGUCUGUCAUACAGAAUUAGACGGAAUUCCCUUUACAUGGGAUCAAGACAAUAGAAUAUACUGCAUUCCUGAUUAUCAGAGAAAAUUUGUACCGACCUGUGCAGUUUGCAAAAAGCUAAUUGCACCUACAAAGGGGUCAAAGGAAACCCUGAGAGUUGUUUCAAUGGGAAAAGAUUUUCAUAUUGAUUGUUUUAGAUGUGAGGAUUGUGGGAUUCAGCUUUCAAAUAAGAGACCAUGCCAUCCACAGGAUGACCACAUCCUCUGCAAAAAGUGCAACAGUAAAAGAACCCCAAUUUCAAGGUCAUUGCAGGUCACUCCGGUCAAUUCACCUUGUGACUCACCAAAUGUAACACCUCGCUGUUUACCACGUGGCAGACCACGUAUUUUACGCAGCAAGAGAGAAUAAUAUUGUAGUUAGUUAGAUCAUCCAAUUAUGGCAUCAACAGACAGUAACAUAAAAUAUGAUGAUGUCAGUAAUCACGACAAAGAUAAGGCAUUUACCAUUUGGAAAGUGGCCAAAUGUUACUAUGGCACAUACGUAAUAUAUUUCAAAGGAAAAUGGUUUCUUUUUAAUGGAGUUUGAAAAAGUCCUAUAUAUUAAUAAUCACUUAUUAUAGAAUAUAUCAAUAUAAGUUUUGAAAUACAGUAAACACAUGCAUAAAGUAACCCUAUGUUUUCAAUUCUGGCGAUUGUUUUGUUAGAUUAUGGAUGUUUGGUGGGAAAUCAGCCUGAUGUUGUUAAUUUUCUUUGUAAAAUUUUGUAUAUGGAGUAUCUGGGGAAUUAGUAUGUAAUGAUGUUUAAGCCUUUGUUUAUUUAUAAUCAAUAGUUAUUUUGUAAUUGAAAAUAUUGAAAAUU